CAACAGUUACGGCUGUGUUCCGCUGACUAUUGUUUAAGUAGUUGAAGCACAAAAAAGCUGCCCCACGUUAUGCAUCCGUCUUGAUGCUUUCAAUUCCAUCAUCAAACCUCUCUUCUCUUUGAGAUCUGCAAGUCUCUUCUUGUUUUCCCCCUUCCUUAUUUCUUUCACUGUUCAUUUCACGUGUUCUUUGCUCCCCCAAAGUACACUAUUUUUGUCCUUUUUUAUAUCACCUUUCUCUUCAUUUGAUUUCAUCAAUUUGCAGCUUUAUUAAUUCCUAUUCUAGGUAUCUAUUUUCCCUCUAUUUGUUCUUGCUUCUUUCAGGUCUGAUUGAGAAUAUUAUUUUUGGUACUCAUAUUUUAAAUCUAAUCUUCAUAGUCAUCCUGUUUUUGGCUGAUUGAAAUGCAAAAAUGGUGAAAAAGGGAAAAAUUGCUCUAUAUCGAGGGAGAUUGGACGAAACACUAGCAUCUGAUGAUCUAACGGAUGCGAAAAAACUAAGAAAUUUAGUUAAACAUCAUAUUUUACAAUCAUCAGAUAAUAAAACAUCAGAAUAUAUUGAUAGUAUUACAGAUAAAAGAACCCCAGAAGUAUCGAAUUUUCUUGAGAUGCUGAGGAGUGCAUCUGAAAAUUAUAAUGCUUCAUCACAUGAGACUCAUCAUGCUACUUGGAAAUUGAAACAGGAUAACGAAGAUUUUCGUGUCAUGUACCGAGAGGGACCCGUAGGUUCUCCAUUUCAUUCACUACUUGUCGAAGGUUAUAUAGAUGCUCCUAUGGAUGCUUGUUUAUGUGUUUCCUGGGAAUCAGCCCUCUAUCCACGAUGGUUUCCUGAAACAUUAGUUCCAACGUUCAAAGUUGCAGAAGCAAAGAGUUUACAGAAGGUCCGGAUUGGUGAACAGAUAUCUUUAGUGAGGGUGAAGCUUUCGUGGCCAUUGUCAACUCGAGAGGCUCUUCUCCACUAUUUUGAGUUUGAGUACUUGGAAGGUGAUCUUCUUGUUGUACUCUUAAACACGAUUCCUGAUCCGGACAACAUUCAAAUGGAAACACAUGGCUUCACCAAUGACGGAAUACCGAAAGCUGAUAAUACCGUAAGGAUCGACAUAGUUGGAGGUUUUGCCUUGCAGAAAGUGACAGAAAACAGGAGUUACUUUAGGACAAUAGGUAACUUGGACGUAAAACUGGACUUUGUUCCUCCAUCGCUUAUAAAUUUCAUAUCAAGACAGUUGAUAGGCAGUGGUUUCAGGUUCUAUAAAAAGACAGUUGCUUCUGUUUCUAAUGGAGAUGAAGAUUUUUCUAAGGCCUUGAAUGAUCCGCUUUACAGUCGAAUAAGAGAAGCUGUCUACUCAAUUAAUAACUCAGAAGGGAAUCCCAAAACACAAAUCAUUAAAGACAACGAGUUCAUCAAUACAGAGCAAAAAAUAAACGCGCAGAGUGCUUUUAGAAAUGACGAUGAGAAGGUUGAUGGAAAUGAUCAUGUUAACAAAUUUUCGAUAGACUGCAAACAGAUUAGUAACGAGAUUGAGGAAGAAAACGUCAAAGAAAGCAAGGACCAAGUUAACGGAUACUUAUUGAAACACAAACCCGCUUCUGAAAUCGAGGAAGAAGAUUAUAAAGGAAGCGAUAAUGAUAUAGUGAAUAGUAAGGAAGAUGUGAAGGGAGGAUGCAAUUCAAACGAUCAACCUCCAGUAGUUUGUAACUUCCAUAAGGAUCCGUCGGUGCCUAUAAGUCCGCAAGUUGAGAAAGCUCUCGGUGCUUUGGAUAAAAUGAUCAGUGUCGUCAAAGAAAAGAGACUCAAACGUCAGAGUUGUAGCCAAUCUGGCCAUGAUAUAGAAGGGGGCAAGGCGUUAUCAACCAUGGGUAAACUCGUGAAAUUGGUAGAUACGCAUGGUACAUUGAUGGAAGAAAUUGUAGCGAAUGGCGUCAACGAUGAUGCUUUGAGGUCAGAAAAAACGUAUUUCCAAACCCAGGAAGCAAAUUCGUAUGUGGUAACUCCCGAACAAAAUCCGCCUAACGGAAAUAGUCCGUUAAACCUUGAAGCUAAUGGCAUUCAUGAGAACAGCAAGAAGACUGGGCAAGCAAGAAAGUGGAGAUUAUGUUGCUUUCAUCUUGUUCCUGGGAGACUGGUCUCAUAAUAGCAACUAAGACAACAUCAAGGUGGUGAUUUUGUCAUUAUAAGUAUUUAUUUAACAAAGAAUGUGUCAUUAAUUGAGUUAAAAUAGUAAUAAUAUCUUGAGAAUUAUCCACAAAAUAUGCACAAUUGUAUUUUUAAUAUUGACGUAGAGAAAUAGUCCAUAGAGUUUUUUGUUUUUAUAAAUAAUUUGUUUGUAAGGAUGUAAAUGAGAUAAUACUUUGACAUCCACUUGUAUUCUUUUGAUGUAAUAAAGGGUAUGUCUUUGCAUUCA